CUCAGUGCACAGAGCCGCCUCGUCUGAGGGGACGCGAGGACCGUCUUCGUCGCGGUUUCGGCCAGCGCGUAGGGCCAGGCCUUGACAAGCAGCGGGAGGAGAGCCUGAGCCGGACCUGGAUCCCUGUGAUUGCCGCCUGCUCCUCCCACCUCUGGUCUCACGAGGGGUUUCCCGCCUCGCGCCCCCCCACCUCUGGACUUGCGCUUCUUUUCUCUCCGCGUGUGGAGGGAGUCAGUGCUUAGGCCGGAGCGAGCCUGGGGGCCGCCGGCCGUGAAGGCAUCGGGGAACCGAUUCACCAUGGAGGGCGCCGGAGGCGCGAACGACAAGAAAAAUAGGAUAAGUUCUGAACGUCGAAAAGAAAAGUCUAGAGAUGCAGCCAGAUCUCGACGAAGCAAAGAGUCUGAAGUUUUUUAUGAACUUGCUCAUCAGUUGCCACUUCCCCAUAACGUGAGCUCACAUCUUGAUAAGGCUUCUGUUAUGAGGCUUACCAUCAGUUAUUUGCGUGUGAGGAAACUUCUGGAUGCUGGUGACCUGGAUAUUGAAGAUGAAAUGAAGGCACAGAUGAACUGCUUUUAUUUGAAAGCCCUGGAUGGCUUUGUUAUGGUGCUCACAGAUGAUGGCGACAUGAUUUACAUUUCUGAUAACGUGAACAAAUACAUGGGAUUAACUCAGUUUGAACUAACUGGACACAGUGUGUUUGAUUUUACUCAUCCGUGUGACCAUGAGGAAAUGAGAGAAAUGCUUACACACAGAAAUGGCCCUGUGAAAAAGGGUAAAGAACAAAACACACAACGAAGCUUUUUUCUCAGAAUGAAGUGUACCCUGACUAGUCGGGGAAGAACUAUGAACAUAAAGUCUGCAACAUGGAAGGUACUUCACUGUACAGGCCAUAUUCACGUAUAUGAUACCAACAGUAACCAAUCUCAGUGUGGAUACAAGAAACCACCAAUGACAUGCCUGGUAUUGAUUUGUGAACCCAUUCCUCAUCCAUCAAAUAUUGAAAUUCCUUUAGACAGCAAGACUUUUCUCAGUCGACACAGUCUGGAUAUGAAAUUUUCUUAUUGUGAUGAAAGAAUUACUGAAUUGAUGGGAUAUGAGCCAGAGGAACUUUUGGGCCGCUCAAUUUAUGAAUAUUAUCAUGCUUUGGACUCUGAUCAUCUGACCAAAACUCAUCACGACAUGUUUACUAAAGGACAAGUCACCACAGGACAGUAUAGGAUGCUUGCCAAAAGAGGUGGAUAUGUCUGGGUAGAAACUCAAGCAACUGUUAUAUAUAACACCAAGAACUCUCAACCACAAUGCAUUGUAUGUGUAAAUUAUGUUGUAAGUGGUAUUAUUCAGCAUGACUUGAUUUUCUCCCUUCAACAAACCGAAUGUGUCCUCAAACCAGUUGAGUCUUCAGAUAUGAAAAUGACUCAGCUCUUCACCAAAGUUGAAUCAGAGGAUACAAGUAGCCUCUUUGAUAAACUUAAGAAGGAACCUGAUGCUUUAACUUUGCUGGCCCCAGCUGCUGGAGACACAAUCAUAUCUUUAGAUUUUGGCAGCAAUGACCCAGAAACUGAAGACCAACAACUUGAAGAAGUUCCACUGUAUAAUGAUGUAAUGUUCCCCUCAUCCAGUGAGAAAUUACAAAAUAUAAAUCUGGCCAUGUCUCCAUUACCUGCCUCUGAAACUCCAAAGCCACUUCGAAGUAGUGCUGACCCAGCACUCAAUCAAGAAGUUGUAUUAAAAUUAGAGCCAAAUCCAGAGUCACUGGAACUUUCUUUUACCAUGCCCCAGAUUCAAGAUCAACCAGCCAGUCCUUCUGAUGGAAGCACUAGACAGAGUUCACCUGAGCCUAACAGUCCCAGUGAAUACUGUUUUGACGUGGAUAGUGAUAUGGUCAAUGUAUUCAAGUUGGAAUUGGUAGAGAAACUUUUUGCUGAAGACACAGAAGCAAAGAAUCCAUUUUCAACUCAGGACACUGAUUUAGACUUGGAGAUGUUAGCCCCCUAUAUCCCAAUGGAUGAUGAUUUCCAGUUACGUUCCUUCGAUCAGCUGUCACCAUUAGAAAGCAGUUCUUCAAGCCCUCAAAGUGUGAGCACAAUUUCAGUAUUCCAGCAGACUCAAAUUCAAGAACCUACUAUUAAUACCACCACUGCCACCACUGAUGAAUUAAAAACAGUGACAAAAGAUGAUAUGGAAGACAUUAAAAUACUGAUUACAUCUUCGUCUCCCACCCAUGCACCUAAAGAAACUACUAGUGCCACAACAUCAUCAUAUAAUGAUACUCAAAGUCGAACCGCCUCACCAAACAGAGCAGGAAAAGGAGUCAUAGAACAGACAGAAAAAUCUCAUCCAAGAAGCCCUAACGUGGUAUCUGUCACUUUGAGUCAAAGAAAUACAGUUCCUGAGGAAGAAUUAAAUCCAAAGAUAUUAGCUUUGCAGAAUGCUCAGAGAAAGCGAAAAAUGGAACACGAUGGUUCACUUUUUCAAGCAGUAGGAAUUGGCACACUAUUACAGCAACCAGAUGAUCGUGCAACUACUACAUCACUUUCUUGGAAACGUGUAAAAGGAUGCAAAUCUAGUGAACAGAAUGGAAUGGAGCAAAAGACAAUUAUUUUAAUACCCUCUGAUUUAGCAUGUAGACUGCUGGGGCAAUCAAUGGAUGAGAGUGGAUUACCACAGCUGACCAGUUAUGAUUGUGAAGUUAACGCUCCUAUACAAGGCAGCAGAAACCUACUGCAGGGUGAAGAAUUACUCAGAGCUUUGGAUCAAGUUAACUGAGCUUUUUCAUGAUUUCAUUCCUUUUUGUUUCUUCUUCUUUUUUUUUUUUUUUAAUUUUUUGGACACUGGUGGCUCAUUACCUAAAGCAGUCUAUUUAUAUUUUCUAUAUCUAAUUUUAGAAGCCUGGCUACAAUACUGCACAAACUCAGAUAGUUCAAUUUUGAUCCCCUUUCUACUUAUUUACAUUAAUGCUCUUUUUUAAUAUGUUCUCUAAUGCUAGAUCACAGACAGCACAUUUUCACAGACCUUUGGUGUUUAAACCAUUGCAUUGUAGUAGCAUCAUUUAAAAAUGCACCUUUUUAUUUAUUUAUUUUUGGCUAGGGAGUUUGUCCCUUAUUGAUUUAUUUUUAAUAAGAUGCCAAUAUAAUUUUUUAAGAAGGCAGUAACCUUUCAUCAUGAUCACAAACAGCUGAAACAUUUUUACUCAUUUUUCACAUUUUACAUAAACAAUAAUGCUUUGCCAGCAGUACAUGGUAGCCACAAUUGCACAAUAUAUUUUCUUAAAAAGUACCAGCAGUUACUCAUGCAAUAUAUCCUGCAUUUAUAAAACUAGUUUUUAAGAAGAAAUUUUUUUUGGCCUAUAAAAUUGUUAAACCUGGAACUUGACAUUGUUAAUCUUAUAAUAAUGAUUCUUAAAUGCUGUAUGAUUUAUUAUUUAAAUGGGUAAAGCCAUUUACAUGAUAUAGAAAGAUAUGCAUAUAUCUGGAAGGUAUGUGGCAUUUAUUUGGAUAAAAUUCUCAGUUCAGAGAAAUCAUCUGAUGUUUCUGUAGUUACUUUCCCAGCUCAAAAGAAAACAAUACCCUAUGUAGUUGUGGAAGUUUAUGCUAAUAUUGUGUAAUUGAUAUUAAACCUAAAUGUUCUACCCACUCUGUUGGUAUAAAGAUUUUGAGCAGACUGUAAACAAACAAAAAAGUCAUGCAUUGUUAGUAAAAUUGCCUAGUAUGUUAAUUUGCUCAAAAUAUGAUGUUUGGUUUUAUGCACUUUGUCGCUAUUAACAUCCUUCUUUUUUCAUAUAGAUUUCAAUGAUUGAGUAAUUUAGAAGCAUUAUUUUAGGAAUAUAUAGUUGUUGUAGUAAACAUCUUGUUUUUUUCUAUGUACAUUGUAUAAAUUUUUCAUUCCUUUGCUCUUUGUGGUUGGGUCUAACACUAACUGUAUUGUUUUGUUAUAUCAAAUAAACAUCUUCUGUGGACCAGGCCCCCUUUGAUUAGCUUUUAUGUUUAAAUAGUAUUUGCAUCAUCUCCAGCUCAUGAAAUUGUUUCCUAACAAUUUAAGUACUUUAUGAAAAUUAUAUUGUACGCUUCUGCAUUUAUCUCAUUGCCAUUAUUAUCUUAAUGUAUGCUGUGUCCCUAAAUGUCAUGUUAACUAAUAACCAUAGUAUUACAUUGUAAAGAGUAUGUUUUUAGAAAAGAAACCUGCCGUUUGUAAAUUUAUGAGCCUAUUAAAGUGUAAAACACAAAAUUUUAAUAUUUUUAGUAUAAAUGAAAUGAGUGAAGCAAAUCAUGGACAUUGUAAUCAUAUACUAUUGUAAAGGUUAGUGGUUCCUCUAAAGAUUUCUAAUCUAUUCCCAUUAACAGAUGAAAAAGUUUAGACUGCAAAUGAUGAAUGAUUUGCUCAAGCCAUAAAAGUAAUAAAUGUAGACCAAAGAUUUAGCUUAGGGCUUCUGAAUCUAAUGUUAAACCUACAACAAACAUUUGUUGUUUUUGUUUUAAUCAUUCUGUAUUUUGAUUUUAAAUAGCUUUCUUUCUGCUAUGCUUUUCUUGUAUAAACAGCUAUUUCUUUUACAGUUUCUUUUUUAAAAGAAAAACAUAAGUAUAGAAAGAUAUGAAAAUAAGAGACAAAAAUCACUGUUAAUCUCUGCACCUAAAGGUAACAGAAAGUGCACACGUGUGUGUUGCUGGGGAUUGAACCCAGACACAAAUACAAAACAAGCACUCUACCAUUGAGCUAUACACUUAGUCCCCCAAAUUUAUUUAUAUUGAUAAAUUACAUGGGCUGUGCCAGAGCCCUGGGUUCUUUAUCUUGAGGUAUGUAUCCUGAACAAGAUGAACUAGCUAUAGAUCUCUUAAAUAGCUGUUCUUAGAACGGGACAACAACUACAUGAAAAUUUGGGAACAAAAGUUCACAAUACUGAUACUAAAUACAGAACCUUGGGGACACAGGUAUAAUUCACCCCAAAUACUAUGACCCAACGUACUUCUCAUUUAGUAACAGAUAUUACCAGAGGUGACACUUUAGAAUAAAGUAGUUGCUUAAUAUUCCCAGAUGACAAAAUUUUAGAAUUAUGCUUAUUGAUUAAGAAAAUUAGUUUCAGUUGAAAACUAGAAGUUUAUAAUUUUCAAAUGUAAAUAAAUGGGAUUACUACACAACAGGCCAGAAGUCUGGGAAAAUGACCUGUGAGGACGAUGAUUUAGGAGGGAAAGCCAUGUUAAAGAACAGGUGAGCUAGAAGAAAAGUACCAAGUGCUCAGUUACUCAGAAAAAAAGUCACCUGGAGUGCUUAGAACUAUGUAACACAUCUAGCACUUCCUUCCCAGCACUGUAUGCCAUCAGGAAUUUCUUUAUAAUGCCUUCAUCCAAAGAGUAUAACCCAACAAUGUCAUUUUAUCCUUAUAUUUCUCUCUCCUCCCUAUAUGUCUAUGCUUCCUAUCUCUUUUCUGGUGCAAUGAAUGAAUGAAUGACUUUAGUAUUACUUUCAUCCUGAGGAAAGUGUGGCAGAAGGAAUUAGCAUAUUUUGUUCAUCUGUUACUGUUAAGUGUAGAACUGAAACUAGUUGCUGAGCAAGCCUACCACUGCCAGGUACAGUGCUCAUAGAUUAAAAUGACUCUAACAUCUGUUGAAUACACUAGACUUUGUGCUAAGCAUUUUGCUUGUUAUCUCACACUCUUCACAAAUCCCUAUGAAUUAGUACUUGUAUCUCACUUUGUACAUUUGAAAAUCUUGGGAAAGUUGGUCCAAUGUUCAAAGCUGCUGAGCAGGCCAUCAGUGAUUCCAAAGCCCAUGGUGCUAACCACCAUGCAGAAAGUACUAGUCACUCCAGUAGAACAAAUCCUUGUCCCCCAUUUUCAACUGUUCAAAUAGUAAAUGGGGGAAAAUAAAGGGAGUGUAUAAAACUGAAGGCCAUUUGUCACUUGGAAUUGAGGUCACCCAGGACAUUGAGGGAUGUCCUAAAAGGAGUGGCAUGACAUGUAGAAUAGAAUUAUUUCAAAGAGUUAUUUAGUGGGUUUGGGGUCUGAACUAAAGAUUCAGAUUCCAGAUUAUAGAGACAUUAUUAACUCACUGGUAAACAAGGUGUAGUGUGUGGGAAAGCAUUUGAACUAUAAAAGGCUGUUACGUAUGGUAUGGUGGACUUUAUGGCAUAACAGACAGGUUCAUUUUCAUUUGCGCUUGUAUAACCUCACAAUUAACCCUUCCAAUCUUGAUUUCCUCAUGUAAACAUCCAAGAGGUUUGAAAGAUAAAUUUAGUUACCAGCUUUGCAGAAACAAACAUUCUAAAAGGUAAGAAUUUUAAUGUAGCAAUGUCAAAAACAAGUUACAAAGAAUACGAAAUAUUUUUUUAACUUUGUAAUUUGAUUAGCUAAAACCUUUGCAUACAUGUUGCUAGCGAGAACCAAGGAAAAUGUAAAGAAGAAAAACCUUAUUGGGGUGUUUUAAGUUUGCCACUAACCUCUUUGCUUAUUUCUUCCCUUUAAAUAGCGCUGAACCUGUUAUCCAUAUUAUUUCGCGUUUAAAGCAAUGUGUAGAAUCUAAUUCGACAUAAUUUCCUGUCGGAUAAAAGCUACACUUGACCACAAACCUUACUAUCAUCGCCUUCUGGAGUUUGUUGUGUUCACACCUUCCAGAGGUUUGGAUAUAAUGUUUAUUCUUACCUUUAAUUGACGGUUUUUAUCCAGGAUGGUGCCAGACACCCGAUCUCCGUGUACUAUUUUAAUUUCCUUCCCGGCUCCAUUCUGGGACGGAGAGAAAGGCAGGUGCCUGAGAGCGGCUGUGGCCUGAACCUCGGCGAGGAAAACACCAAGCACGCGGAAGGAACGCGGCUCGCUCCUGCUCCCGGCGCCGCCGGUACUACUACAUGAUGAGGAUGCGAAACGCUAGCCGCCCGGAGAAACUUCCGCAAGCCCCGCCCUCCGCCCUGCCGGCCACGCCCCGGUACGUGCUCGGGCGCAACACCCAGUCGUGGGCCCCCGCCCGGGCCGCGGCCCCUGGGCCCCAGGGCUCCAGUCCGCACGCGGCGGCCGCGUGUGCUGGGCGCGGCUGCGCCAGCGGCUCCCGCCUACGUGUGCGAGCGCAUGUGCGAGGAUCUGCGGGCGGGGAGGGGGCGCGGCGGCCCGCCUUUGUCUUCGGUGACCGAUAGAGCCAUUCCCUCAACCUUGCCUUUGACAGCUACGUCCCGAAUUCCCAGGCGGAAGCUUUGGGAUGUGAAUCUAUCCUUUGAAUAGGAAAAUUUCUGAGGUCUCUGAAUACUUUAGGCCUUAGUUAACUCUACUAUGGCUAAAACUGUACUUUAAGUUAGUCCUCAUAUAAUCUGAAAUAGAGUUGUUUAAAUAUACCCCCUUUAAUGUCCAUGAACACUCAAUUCAUUUUAAAUAAAGUACUUUGAGAUAUGACUAAUAAAUAAAUGUAUAGCUGCCCCA